AUGGUCAAAAAAGAAGUUCUUAAAAAACCUCACACCUGUGGAAAUGACUUCUCUAUGAAGCUCGCAACAAUAUUAAACAUCAUAUUUGUCGAGAAAAAAGUUCCACAGGAAAAAGGUGCUCUGUGUGAAAGGUUCAACAUCAAGAUGCCACAGAAUAUAAAUGUAUUGAGAGGAUCCUGUUUGACCAUCCCCUGCUCCUUUGAUGUAGAGAACAAGCAUGAAAAAAACUUAGAUGAUUCAUGUAAAGCAUAUUGGUGGUAUUCAUACAGUAAAAAUACAAGACUAUUUACAGCUCAAGAAAUGACAGAAGACUUAACAAAGAAAGACUGCACCACAACUUUCAAUCCUGCACAUCUUCGUCAAAGAGAUAAAUAUUACUUCAGCCUGGAGUGUAAAUACAAUAUUUCACAAACUAGUGUAGAUAUUUCAUUCAUAGAUGAUCCUCCCUCUCCGACUCUGACUCCAUCCACACUGGAGGUGAAGGAAGGAACCUCAGUGAGUCUGACGUGCUCUGCUCCAGCUCCAUGUUGGUCUCAUCCUCCAGCUCUGACAUGGACCCCUAACCUGGGUCAGAGUCAGGAGACACUACAGGAGAAUCAGGACAAAACUAAAGUCAAGACCUCUGUUAUGAAUUUCACUGCUUCUCACCUCCAUCAUGGAAAUAAAAUCUCCUGCACUGCUGUCUACCAGAAACAACAUGGCAGCCCUGAUGUCACUGCUGAAAGUUUAUUUGUCGUCUUCUCAAAAAAAAAAAAAAAAAAAAAACCCCCACAAAAAACAAACAGUAAUAACCUAUAAAUAGUAGUAAUGUAUUUAGUAAUAAAUACAGUUACCUAGAUGUGUUAUUAAUUUCUGCAAGACAUCAGUAAUAUUAGAAUAAAACAAAACUACAUUUAGUCAGUCACAUUUGACAGUUGCUUUUCAGUUUAUAGUUUCAGUUUUUCACUUACUACAUAUUGUCAUGUAUUUUAUCCAUAUUAUCAUAUUUGUUUUGUGAAUACACAAGCUUGUUUAAGCUUUUAAGUCAUUCUGAUGCUCAAACAGUAAAGCAGAAUUAUUUUUUAAAAAAAGUCUUUAUUCAGUUUGAACUGUUAUGUGAUGUGUGAAUGAGGCCCCAGAUCCAGACUCA